AUGGCACCUUCCCCACUUCCCGUAGCCAACUCCACAGAUUCUUUUUGGAGGACUGAGCUCCACCCUAUCGACGACCAUCGAAGCACCCCUGAGCUCCCAUCCGUCGUUGACAUCGCGGUUGUGGGUGCUGGUUACGCAGGAGCCUCGGUAGUUUACCACAUCCUCAGGCAAAGUAAAGACAAAGGUGUCCCACCACCGUCAAUAGUCACCCUCGAGGCACGACAGGCGUGUUCAGGCGCCACUGGUCGCAAUGGCGGUCACCUCAAGCCCGACCCUUACAACCGCCCAGCAUCCGUGGCAGUCUCCCACGGCUUCGAGGUAGCAGCAGAAUGCGCCUCCUUCGAGGCAGCCACGCUCUCCGCGCUCAAGACAGCCAUCGAGGAGGAGCAGAUAGACUGCGACUUCGUGCUGACCCGGGCCGUCGACGCCCUCAUGACGGACGCCAUGAACGACCGCAUGAAGGCGGGCUUCGACCUGCUCCGCAAAGCAGGCCUGUCGGUCAUGAAGGACGUCUCGUACCAGGGCGGUCCAGGCGCGGAGCAGUUGUCGGGCGUCAAGGGGGCCAAGGGCUGCGUCAGCUACUCGGCAGGUCACCUGUGGCCCUACAAACUAAUUUGCGCUCUGCUGCAGAAGGCGGUGGAUGCGGGCGUGAAUCUGCAGACGCACACGCCUGUCACGGGGGUGUCGGCGAGGCCGGACGCUGAGGGGUAUUACACCCUGACGACGAAAGACCGAGGAUCACUGAGGGCGAAGAAAAUCAUCUAUGCCACGAACGGGUACACGUCGUCUAUUCUUCCGGAGUUCGAGAACAAGAUUGUGCCUGUCAAGGGCAUCUGCAGUCAUAUUGUGCCCAGGACAAAACCGGCACCACAUCUGCCAAACAGCUAUAUCAUCCGGUGGUCACCAACCGAGUACGAGUAUCUGAUCCCACGACUGGACGGCAGUAUUGUUGUUGGCGGGGCCAGGGAGAGAUACUACAAGCAUCUCGACAGUUGGUAUAGUACCGUUGAAGACGACAAGUCGAUCACGACGGGUAACGCGCAUCAUCAUUUCGAUGAUUACAUGCAGAAAUAUUUCAAGGGCUGGGAAGACUCGGGUGCUUACACGCACAAAGUUUGGACGGGAAUCAUGGGGUACUCAUCCGAUGGAUGGCCAUUCGUCGGCCCGCUGCCCAGCAGGCCGAAUCAGCUAAUAAUUGCCGGUUUCACCGGCCACGGCAUGCCUCAGAUAUUCCUCGCUGCUAAGGCAAUUGCCGAGGUGGCAUUGGAUGAUGUGGAUUUCGCGAGCACUGGUGUGCCAAGAUUAUACAAGGUGACACAGGAGAGGCUGGACAGUAAAAAGAACGUCAUCCUGGAAAGUUGGGCGGCUUCUAAGCCGCCGGAGCCGAAGCUGUGA